AUGAUUUCAGAAGGGUCGCCGAUCGCAGGAAGAUGUGUACGGUGGGAGUCUGCGUAUGACCCCUACGCAUGGCCACCAGGCAGCGCACCGAUCGAGAAUCGUACCACCUCCACGCACGUCCUGCGUCCGAGAAAAGGGCGCGCCGCCGACUCGAUCGAUACAGCCCGACGAGCCGGGAUCACCGAGCUACCCCGAAAAACCAACGCCCGACGUGCGAUACUCCGGCGACAGACUCUAGGCAGACAACACCGCUGUUCACUCGCUUCAUUCUGGUCAGCGGCAGCCAACGAGCUGGUCCUCUCUCGCACUGCUGUUGUCGCCACCAGUGAUGAUUCACUCGCCAAGCAGGACACUCCACUGCUGCUACUGUCCGGUCGUACUACGCGACUGUAUGAGUACCAUUUGGUCGCGUGGUCACUGUACAGAGGGCCACCAAACUUCAUCAUCACACGGUGGUUUUGGAAACCGUCCGUCUUCGGUGUAGUGAUGCUCUACAUCUACCCUGUAGAUCCGAAUUUGUUUGAAAAACGGCGACAAAUUCGGUUCUAGAGAGGUUUGUGUGGUGCAUAUUCCUUACGACCAGAAUUUUUAUCGUCCGUGUGUGGUGGCCCCGACGGCAGUUUAGUUGUUAUAAAUAUAUCAUAUUAUAUUAUGCAUUUUUACCUAUCAUUAUUAUUCAUAUAUAUUUAUAAGAAUUGUUCAUCAACAUAAAACAAAUUAUUUUGUGUACUUUUUAUAUGACUGAAAUAUACAAACAAUUAUUAUAGCUGCACAUAUUUCAAGAUUUAAUCUCAAACAUUUUAAGAAAUUAACAUUACCAAUAAGUUGUUCUAUGGUUUUUAUUACGAUAAUGUUGUAAACUUGUAAAUACUACGUAC